CCGUGCCUCGAUCCUCUCUCUUUCUAUUGUCUGUUUUGACUUUCCAUAAAGCGGUGUUCCGCCCCGUCUUCGUCCCCCCUCCCCUGCCAAACACGAUAUAGACCCAUUUUCAGCAACAGCAUCAAACCAUACCAUCAAGCAUUUCGUCUCACCAUGAACCUCCCAAGCAGCGGCGAGUCCAGCCGCCCAUACACUUACUACUCGCCCCCACAGCCCCAGGACAAUAAUGCCGUGUUUGAAGCAUUCGAGGCUUACUUGUUCAAUGACGACCCGGAAUUCAGAGCGGGUCUGCCGACAGUCAUCAGCGCUAUAAGAGGGCAAAAGAUGAACCCAGCGAGUAUCGACGAGAUGCUCUCCAGAGCUCAGUGGUUUUACUUUACCCGAAAGCGGAACGUCCAAAUCCCCUGGGAAGCCUAUGCCCACUACUCGCGCCAACCCCACUCGUCUCCUCCUCGCCAAAUUAGCCCCCGAGAAGGGCUCCGCCAGCUCGACUCGCUAGCAGAAGCCAGGCGGAUGAUGUCGGCAACGUGUGAUGUGGGCAAUGAGGGCAUGAGCUUUGAGAUGCUUGUACGGCUUAUACAGGAAGGGAGGGCAGAUGAAGUCCCGAGGGAGGAUGUGCCAGAUGGCAUUCAUGAUGGACCACCAUCACAGGCCACGAUGGCGCACCGACCAAAACCAUGGGAGUCUCAGACCCUCCUACCAGACACUUCCUUGACCCCUUCCUUCUUCCAGCCCACCCCUCCCUCAAACACAAACACCUGCGCCACUCCAGCCGCUUCCGGCACAACCUCGGCAGACCCAAACGCCGGGACAACUGGACUGCCCUAUCACGGCGGCGUCUUUGAUCUCACAGGUAUGCAGGGCUAUGGCGAGAUGAGUGAAGAGGAUCUAGCGAUGAUACUAGGCGGAGAGCACAAGGUCAAUGGGGCUGAGGGGGAGAGCAAGGCGGAUGGAUGGUCGUGGCUGCAGCCUCCAUGAGGCACGCUUUCGCCACUCGAGUUGUGUCGACGUUGAAUAAUCAUAUUGUAGCUAUUUACUCACACUUUUAUAAACCUCUCAUAGUCAUACUGCGCUGAUUGGCGCUCCUAUAUAUGUCUUGCAUCAUUAUCGCAGCACCAUCUUUGACGACCAUCAGCCAUCUGUCGACGUGCGCUGUCUCGUAGACUACCAUCAUGAUGAACCUUGACCACAGUAACCGCAUUACGUGUCCCACGUUUCUUUGUCUCUGUAAACGACACUCCCAUCGCUCUUCCUGCAUCAAUCGUCAGGCCAAGGGCGACAAUGGACAGCAGUGACCUGUAUCACGACGCCCACCAGUCGAAUAUCUUGUCGUCAACGAAAACUAGACCCUACUUGCACGACCAUGAUUUGAUUGUAGUCCGUUGACUCUAGAUCUCCUCUCGAGGUGAGCUCGUCAAGGAUUUCCUACUCUAUUGCGACUUACCGAGUCGCACAGUACAUUGAGCCUUCCUAAAAACACCACGCUGACGCUCAAAUCUUAUCCUCGUCCACCUCACUAACGAAACCGCAUUGAAGCUCUCUAUACAAACCGUAACUGCUAUUGAUCUUUGUCUAUCAACCUUCCACUGAGC